UACAAGAAAGUUUCGGACGAGUAUGAUGACGACUUCUUAGCACGGGCGAAUGAUGGUAUGGGCGUUAUCCUCACUUUUGCUGGUCUACUCUCCGCUGUCAACUCUUCAUUCAUCGGCAGCAUGCAACCUGACCCUGGAGAUACUACGAAUGUCCUCCUGCUAAAGUUGAUUCAAAUUACUGCCAACCCAAAUUCCGUACACGAUAUCAUCCAUUUUUCCUCAUCCGAGGGUUAUUCCUCUUUGACCGUCUGCAUGCAAACUUUUGCUUAUGCCAGCAGUGUCUUGGCUGCGUCAGGGGCUGUCUUAGGAAACCAAUGGCUUAACUCGUACAAGGCAGCCCAGGGAAAGGAUCUUUGGAGGAGCGCUGCAUACAAAGGCAGAUGA